CCGGCGGGCAGUUUGAAUUUCGCUCCCGGAGUCGGGUCUCGCCAUCCUGGGCUUCCGGUGGAGACUGGAGGGGUCUUCUCACCUCGCGACCGCACUGAGCGGGCCCUUUGCUCCCGGACCGGCACGAGAGGCUUAAAGGAUGGCCUCCUCAGAUCUGGAACAAUUAUGCUCUCAUAUUAAUGAAAAGAUUGGCAAUAUUAAAAAAACUCUGUCAUUAAGAAAUUGUGGGCAAGAACCUACCCUGAAGACUAUAUUAAAUAAAAUAGGAGAUGAGAUCAUUGUAGUAAAUGAACUUCUAAAUAAAUUGGAAUUGGAAAUUCAGUAUCAAGAACAAACCAACAGUUCACUCAAGGAACUCUUUGAAUGUCUUGAAGAAGAUUAUAAAGAUGUGGAACAUCUCAAAGAAAACAUUCCUCCCCAUUUGCCUCAAGUAACGGUAACCCAGAACUUUGUUAAUGGAUCAGAUCUUGACCCUGAAGAACCAGUCAAAGUUGAGGAACCUGCGCCCACAAAGAAGCCCUCCAAAGAACAAAAAAAUGUUAAAGAAAUGCCAUUUAUAACUUCUGAUGAGUUUAAUGGCAUUCCUGCGUACAUGAAAUCACGCUUAACCUAUUGUCAAAUUAAUGAUGUUAUUAAAGAAAUCAACAAGGCAGUAGUUAGUAAAUAUAAGAUCUUACAUCAACCAAAAAAGUCUAUGAGUUCUGUGGCCAGAAAUCUCUAUCACAGAUUUAUUGAUGAAGAAACGAAGGAAACCAAAGGCCAUUAUUUUGUAGUGGAAGCUGACAUAAAGGAGUUCACAGCUUUGAAAGUUGACAAGAGAUUUCACGUGAUACUGAAUAUUUUACGACACUGCCGGAGGCUAUCAGAGGUCCGAGGGGGAGGACUUACCCGAUAUGUUAUAACAUAA